AGACGGAAAAACGGUCGAAGCUAGCCAAACGCGUUCAAAACAUGGAGCGCUCGAAAUUUUAUCUCGGAUCUAACUGAUUAGCUCGGAAAUUAGUCAGCCGCGCAGUGCUACACAGAAAGUACUAGCCAGAGGUAGCGACAAAUUGUACAGAAUGAGUUCGGAGGAGUGCGACACUGCUGCGCCGUCGAGAGAGAAGUCGCGCCUGCUGAAGAGCACGCUGCGCGCUCUACGCUCGUCCACUACGGACGUCGAGAAACUGGCCGCCCUGCUCGUCUUGACCAAGGUUGUGGACGCCUCUACCGUGCAGCUCGAGAGCAAGCGAAAGCUGCUGGAUGCCAUCGGCGUGUCUUUCAUCGUGAGGAUGCUGAAGUCUGACACGGACAGCUUCCGCGCUCUGGGCGCCGACAUUACGAGCGCGUUCGCCGUCGAGCCGACCCUUUGCGAGCGGCUGCGACCGGCGCUGGACGCACUCACGGGGUCCCUGGCCGAGCUCGGAGUCGCGGCGGGAGUCGAAUGCGCCUCGCGGCUCGUACUGCACGAGCCGGGGUGUCGGGCCUUCGUCGAGAGUGGCAUGCUAAAGGCGCUGGUCGAUCUGUCACCGGCGGAGCUUGGCUCCCUGCUUACCGCCUUGGCAGCUUGUCUACAAUCGACCAAAAGUCGAGGCUUGGCUGACGAUUGCGAAUACGAGGCCGCCUUGCUGUCGUCAGCGCGGACCUGCGUCGGUCAGUCCCUGGCGGCAAGGCUGGGCGCGGAGGCACGGCGAGGUCUGUUCGCGCUCCUCGCGUCGCUGGUGGAACGUCGGGGCGUGCGGUCUCUGGGCGCUCCGACGGUGGCCCUCGCCGCAGUAGAACUGGAAAUGCAGCUAUGCUCUCGGGGACAACAGCCGGACGCCGAACUGGUGGCCCACUGCUGCCUGCUCUUGGAGGUUGCCGUGGACGACGCCGUGGCGAGCGGCAGGCUGCCCCCUGCCGCUGCCGAUCGAGUUCCCGGUGCGCUGCUCGCUUUUCUCGACGACGCAUUUCAGUCUCCGUCUUGGGGCCCCGGAGAAGCUGCGGUGUUGCCCGCUUGUCGUCUGCUGUGUCGCUGGUUGGCAGACGACUCUACAACAAUGCGGCCAGAAGUUGGGAAAGUGCUGCCGCCACUCCUCGACUUGGUCGCCUCAAACGAAUCCAUGCUACCGCUCCUCAUUCCUGCACUGUGCCACCUCACAGCCGACGAUAGGCUGCGACCCAUCGUGCUGCGGUCGCCAGUCUUAGCUCGACUCUUCGACUACCUCACCGAGUGGAGUGCCUCGCCACAGCAGCUUGAAACUUGCGCGGGCGUCUUCUUAAACCUAGCAGUGCUCGGAGCCGAAACAUUGGACUUAUUUCCUUCUCUCUUGCACUUCUGCGUUCAGAAAGCGAUGGCUGAUACGAUGCGCCCUGUGACACUUAAAGCGAACCUGGCACUUUUGGGUCUUUUUCUCCUUAGGUCAAAGCUGCACCGGUCGAUUGUGGCACCCGAUGCUUUGGACUUGACAUCCUUUGCCAGACAUUGCACUUCACUGUUUAAUUCAUCGCCUACUCUGCCUGCAAAUGAUGUAGAGGAAUGGAAUGAGCUUAGCUCCUUGGGCAAGCAAGUUCUCGCGGAUGUUUUGCCCACAUUAAAUAAGGCUACGUAGUGUUAUACUGCAUGCUAAAAGUAAACCAUGGCUUGCUAUUUCUUGGUGUGCAGCUAACUGUAAUUGUUGCAACAAAAUCUACAUGCUUUUUUACUUUCAUAUAUGGUGGCACGCUUCCACCUGCUAUAAACACUGGUGCGUACAUGAGCUGUCUCCUCAGGCUUGUGUUUAUCGCCGUGAAAAAGCAGCAGAAAUAUUGGGAAAGGCUGAAGUGGGCGGCCUUUGAUAGAAGUGCUUGGCAGCUGAAAUGUGAUUGUACUGUUGUCUUCUGUUUGGGAGCCAUUUUAAAAGUAACAUGCAUCUGCUGUGCAUUAAUUUUUCAUUAGUAGUACACAAGCCACCUGACUAUGCUUCCUUUAUUGCUAUGCAGUGCUCUGGUAAUUGCACCACUUUAUACCUUGUGUUAGCAGUUUCACGACUAGGACGUCAAAGCUGUACAAGGAUGUGGAAAAUGGUGUAUUUUUAUUGUUUACACCUCCGUGAGUAGCACUGAUGUGCUGUCACCCAACCCUCUUGUCACCUUCAUGGGUGACACUGACCUGUUCUCAGGGAGAGCACAUCCUGAAUUUGACUGCCCACAAAUGGGGAAUGUUCCUGGGGGAUGACUGCAGGAGGCCAGGAGGUGUGCAAUUGUCGAGAUCGGCAGUUUCGUAACGGGACCAUGAGAAGAAGAACGGGCAGCAAUGCCAAAGGCCGUAGCUGCUGCUUGCUUGUAGGCCCCUGGCAGUCGUUUACGGCACCCGUGCCAUAAUGUAGCUGGCCUCUGCGAGCAUUAUUGCAGAGGCCAGCAUCCCUUUUUGGAAAGACUCUAUAAAGCAUAUGCUUUGUUUUGCUACUAGUGUGGUGUUUUCUGAAACUGCACACUAAUGUGCCUUCAAGGUGAGUAACAGUGUGCCUUUCGUACCUUGCCAGUCGUUAGAGUAAUGGUCUGCCCAUAUCAGCGAGAUCGUCCAGAAGAUGAUGAGACAUAAUCGAGUGUAACACUUUUCCACAAAAUACUGGCUCGAUUGCUUCGCCUUGCUUAUCGAUUUGCCUCAAACUCAAAUAAUUUCUGGGGUUUU